AUGGAGGAUCCACACGUAGAUAGUUGGGCAGCCUUGCAUCUUCCUGCCAUUGAGCAACUUCUCCUAAACCUCCCCGAUGAGGAGUACAGAUCCACAGGAGUCGGAGAUUCUGAAGGAUCGUUCUUCCAGUCUGUUGUGAAUACAACACCCCCUCCAUGGCCUGAUGAAGGUCUGGCACAGAUUCCUGAGGAGCUUCAGGAGGAUCUGCGCUGUGGUCCAGUGAAAUUGGAUCUCUACACGCUGCAAAGCCUUGGCAAGAGUCAGAAGCAGCAGCCUUUGUCACAAACUCAAGGCGAUUUGACGGGAUAUGGAGACCGAUAUGGACCCUGGCUGCUUGGGUCACCCAAAGAGGUGGGUCAGCUGAAGAAUCCAUCGCCUCCCAAUGCAAACAAGGUUGGCGGUCCAGAAGGCGCGCCCCAGGGCCGAACAAACGGCCCCAUUGGGCACAAGAAGGUUCCAAAGAGGAUCAACAUUCAGGAGGAGUUCGGGACUGACAGUUGCGAGAUCACAACGGCCAUGAUCAGGAACGUCCCAAACCAGCUGAAUCGAAAACAGUUCGUGGAGCGGCUUGACCAGCUGGGUUUUUUGGGCAUGUAUGACUUUGUUUACGUUCCGAUCGAUCGAGCCACGCGAAUGAACGUUGGCUACGCGUUUGUGAACUUUGUGAACUCCGAGUGCUUCAGGCUGUGCCAGAUCACCUUGCAGGGAAAGAAGUUUCUGGACAAGGAGGAGGGAGACAAGCGUCGCAGCGGCAAACCCAUCAUUGUCUCGGCUGCCCAUGUGCAAGGCCUCGAAAACAACGAGCGACACUUCAAGGAUGCUGCGGUGGCUCAUACCCUUCAUCGACCUGUGAAAUUUCAAGCGGGUGAUGCAAGUGGAAGGCGACCCAGGCAAUCCAGCGCAUCUCGGCCUUUCAACUGA